AUGCCCACCGUGGAGGGGACCCUGUGUUUGACUGGUCAUCACCUGAUUCUCUCCUCCAGACAGGACAACACAGAGGAGCUGUGGCUGCUUCAUUCAAACAUUGACUCUAUAGAGAAAAGAUUUGUGGGGUCUCUGGGAAGCAUCAUUGUCAAAUGCAAAGACCUGAGGGUGAUCCAGCUCGAUAUUCCUGGCAUGGAGGAGUGUCUCAACAUUGCCAGCUCUAUUGAGGCUCUGUCCACGCUUGAUUUACUCUCCCUGAUGUACCCUUUCUUUUACCGGCCCAUGUUUGAAGUCAUAGAAGAUGGCUGGAAUUCAUUUCUGCCAGAGGAUGCCUUUAAAGAUUUGGAGUCUAUGACAGAUGAGUGGAGACUAAGUGAUGUCAACAAGGACUUCAGUGUGUGUCCAUCAUACCCCCCUCUAGUGGCAGUGCCCAAACAUGUGGAUGAUGACACGCUGAGGAAAGCAGCUACCUUCCGUCACGGCGGCCGUUUUCCAGUACUUAGCUACUACCACAAGAAGAAUGGCAUGGUGAUGAUGCGAGCAGGGCAGCCUCUGACAGGCACCAACGGGCGCCGGUGUAAGGAAGACGAGAAGCUGAUCAAUGCCACCCUGCGACCAGGCAAACGUGGCUACAUCAUUGACACACGCACCAUCAAUGUUGCCCAGCAGGCCAAAGCUCGAGGAGGAGGAUUUGAGUCUGAAGCUAACUACCCCCAGUGGAGGAGGAUCCACAAGGCAAUCGAAAGGUCAAACAUCCUCCAGGAGAGCCUGAUAAAGUUGGUAGAGGCGUGUAACGACCAGUCGCACAGUAUGGACCGCUGGUUAAGCAAGCUAGAGGCUUCCAACUGGCAGACUCAUGUCAAGGAAAUCCUCACCACUGCCUGCCUGGCUGCCCAGUGUAUCGACAGGGAGGGAGCGUCUGUGCUUGUUCACGGUACAGAAGGGACAGACUCCACCCUGCAGGUGACCUCGUUGGCUCAGAUCAUCCUUGAUCCGGCCUGCAGGACCAUCAGAGGCUUCCAGGGCCUGGUGGAGCGAGAGUGGCUCCAGGCGGGUCACCCGUUCCAGCAGCGCUGCGCCCAGUCGGCCUACUCCAACAGCAAGCCUCGUCAAGAGGCUCCUACCUUCCUGCUCUUCUUGGACUGCGUGUGGCAGAUCCUUCGCCAGUUUCCAUGCUCCUUUGAAUUCAGCGAGGCCUUCCUGGUGCUCGUCUUUGAACACUCCUAUGCUUCUCAGUUUGGUACAUUUUUGGGCAACAGUACAGCUGAGAGAGCCAAACUGUCUCUACCUGAGAAGACUGUGUCACUUUGGUCAUGGGUGAAUCGGCCCCAAGAACUGGAAAGUCUGACCAACCCGCUCUACGAGGCUAACAGUCUUGUGAUCUGGCCAUCCGUUGCCCCUCAGAGUCUGCUGCUGUGGGAAGGCGUUUUCCUUCGUUGGAACCGCUCUUCCAAGUGUUUGGACGAGGCCUAUGAGGAAAUGGUACAUAUAGUUGCUUACAACAAGGAGCUUCAGAACAAAGUGAACAGCCUGCGCAGGCAGCUGGCCCAGCUGGAAACUGAAGAUCCUCUGCUGCAGACGCCAUAGAGAGAAAGGAAGCGAGAUGGAAGAAAGAGGUAGAAAAUUCGGAAAGAAAACAUAACUAAAUACAAAAACAGAUCAAUGUCAAACAAGUUUUAGGCUUUAGGAUUUUCCAUUCACGCAGUUGUCUUUCACACAGUUUACAUGACCGAAUGGACUAAAACAGUGAUGUGCCAUGUUGUGUCAUUAAGGCUCAAUGACAUUAAGGCUUCCUAAGCAGGAAUGAGAGGGAAAGAUACAGGGGGAAAAAAAGAAUAAUAACAGCCACUUAUUUCUCAGAGUGCUGCUAAAAGCCCAACACUUACUCAACACAACAUCUCAUAGACCUCCAGUAUAAAUCAUCCAAAAAAUAAUUGACAGUGAUGUACGUAAUUUAAUCAACCAAUCAUUUAGGUCAUUUUUCAAGCAAAUAUGCCAGACAUUUGCUGGUUCCUCUGUCUCUCAUGUGAGAAUGUGCUACUUUUCUUUAUGAUAAAUCGCUGUAGAUUUAAUAUUUUUGUGUUUUGGGACUGUUGGCCGGACAAAAGGACCAAUUGGAAAAUGUCCCCCUUGAGCUGUUGGACAUUAGGAUAGACAUGUUUUCAAAGUUUUUGACAUUUCAUGACCUGAACGAUUACAAAUACUCGUCACAUUAGAUGAUCAUUCAAAUAAUUGUUAAUUACAUCCUUAUUCUACUAUUAGCGUACACGUGUGUGCACAAAGAAAACUGUUCAGUUCCUAAAAGUAUACUUUGGCUUUUCAGCUGAUUUCACAGCAGCAAAGCCUUAUCAAACCCAUCUCACACUCGCUGACUCUCAUUUAUGUACGUAGAUAUCUAACCAUUCAGUGAGAGAGUCCAUUUUCAUGUGUUUUCAUAGAUUCUUAUGUGUUUUUGGGCAUUGAUCUUGUUCACGAGGGAAUGUUGGACGUGCAUUUACUACAGGGUACACGUUUUCACCAAUCAUCCUGCUGAAUGUAUAUGUACCAGUGAAGCACUGCAGAGUAACUAUAGCAACAUAUAGGCUACUAUAAGGCAGCAUGUGACUUUGCUGCACGAUGAGAUGAUAUAAUAAGCGUAGGUAGGGUCAGCACCUACUGUACUGUACAAUGAGAGGGGAGGCUCGUCUAAUGGGGAUCUGACCAAAAUAUCUUGUAUGUUUAUUACUUGACAUUCCAGUAAGGAAAGACUUAUUUAACAAAGCUUUAUAAAAUGUUAGCUUGCCUCGUUAUGUUUGGUCAGUAUUUCUUUUUCAAUCCCAUUAUGAAUAAUAUUAAAGGAAUCAAAUAUGUUUGAGCUUAUGAUGCAGAUAAAAAUAGGGUCUUGUUGCCACAGUAAUGUUGGCCAUGUAAAUAUUAGACUUUACAGAGUUGAUGGAGGUUUAAAAAAUAUAAUGUUAAUUUAAAGACCAAUAUAUAUUUUGGUUAUUAAAGUUGAAUUAUAACUGUUGUUCAAGUACAUUAUGAAACAGAAAAGUACAUUUGCUUUUGUGGUUUAAGAUCCAGAACUAAUGCACUGUGUGAAAGGCAUUUACAAAAUCAGAAACCUAUAAUUAUAAUGCUUGUAAUUAGCCUAUUUGUGUUGUCAGUACUCACCAGCUGUCUUCAUAUUAGACAAUAAAUGUCUUUAAAAUUAAAUGUGAAAACAUGCCAAUUUAUCAUAAAAUGAAAAGCUAUUAGACUUAAUAAUGUGCCGGUGACACAGACACAGAUACCCAGUUUUAGUAUCAGUGUCUUGCAUCCAAAGUGAUUGUUUUCUCACCAACGCAGAACUCAUGUAGUAAGUCUAUUACCAGGAAGGUCACAAAAAACAUUGCUCGUAUUUCUUCUAAACCUUUAAUUGCACUUGUCAUUAAGGAAGCAUCUAAAUGUGUUUAAUUCAACAGGACCUAUAUUUGGUUGGUAUAGUGACAUGAAGCUAAUCCUUAAAUGCUAUUCAUGGGCAAAGGUAGCAUAAUACUGUAAAGAAAGCUUAAUACUGCACUUUAAUUACAAAAAGAAAUGGUAGUUGUGGGGUUAAAUUAAAUCCAUAGUGGUCACACAUGGCCAGUUGUGUUUGUUUUGCCAGUAGGAAAUAGCAUUUUCUCUGCUUGUUUUUAAUGUCAUCUUUAUACAUUUUAUAUAUUUUGCUUUAAGAAUGAUGUAAUAAUCACACUAAACUCAACUGAUUCCAGCCACUACAUUAAACUGCUUUGUAAAGGGAAAGUUGUUUAUAGUUGCACUAAAUACACGUUUCCCUUUGCAAGAAAUAGAGACACCUUACCAAGCGUUGCUUUGUGUGUGCAUGAAUAGAACAAUGCAUUCAAUCAAGGUAAUGGUACGAUUUACAGUUGUGCAAAUGUCCUUUACAUGCAAAAUGAAUAAUGUUAUCCUUAAAAUGGCCGUUGCUUUGUCAAAGUCAACAAAACUCUGUGUUUGUGCAAUGCCUUGCUGCAAACUCCAAAUUCAAAAUAAUCAUUGUACUUUUAUCCCUGCUGAUCAGAUGUUUGUAAAAUUAUUAUUAUUGUUUAAAAUAUUGUUGUUGUUUUUUUUAAGUUUUCAAGCCAUUAAACUUCAUAGCAC